AUGCCUUUGCAAAGCUCAUUCAAACUGAACAGCGGUUAUUCGAUACCUGCUGUUGGUUUAGGAACUAAAUUCAAGCAAUCCAAGCCCAAUGAAGUCAAGAAUGCGGUGGCAACAGCCUUGGCCGCCGGCUAUCGCCACAUCGAUGCAGCCGCAUGCUAUGACAAUGAGGAAGAAGUCGGAGCAGGCAUGAAAGAGUCUGGCGUCAGUCGCAGUGAUAUAUUUGUCACUGGAAAGUUGUGGAACACACACCACAAACCUGAGGAUGUGGAAAGACAUAUCGACACCACACUCAGAGACCUGCAGACAGAUUACCUCGAUCUGUACUUGAUACACUUUCCUGUAUCGUUUCAACGUACAAAUGAUACUGAGCGCUUCCCCGUGAACCCAGCCACGGAGGAGAUUCAUGUGAUCGAUGUGCCAAUCAUUGAGACAUGGAAGGCAAUGGAGGCUCUUGUUAAAAAAGGCAAAGUUCGGUCAAUCGGGGUAUCAAACUUCACGAGGCAAAAGAUAGAGGACCUGUGGGAGAAAGCGGAGAUCAAACCAUCUGUCAACCAAAUCGAAGCGCACCCCUAUCUUCAACAACCUGAGCUCCUGAAAUGGUGCAAGGAAAAGGCUUGCAGUGCCGAUGAUGAUGCUGCCAUCAAAGAGAUUGCGGCGUCCUUAGGAAAGCCGGUUGUCACAGUGCUGUUGAGCUGGGCCGUCCAGCGAGGUACCGUCGUGCUCACCAAAUCCGUGACACCUGCAAGAAUCAAGGCCAAUUUCGAGGUUUUUGAGCUUCCACAGGAGGCUUUUCAGAAAAUCAACGCCCUUGAUAGGGCCCAUCGAUAUAACUUCCCAAUUCGGCUUGGGGUCGACAUCUUUGGCGAGUCAAGCCCAGAGGCCCUGCGAAAAGGUGUUGAAGAUUGGAAGGCGGCACAACGGAAACUGAAGAGCGGAGCGAAAUAG